ACCCACCACUUACCGCCGAAACAAAGCUUGAUGCUCUUUCUUGUCCCUCUUUUUUCGUCUUAGUGAGGCGGCCAAAUUAGCUCUUAAUUAAUUUAUUAUGAUCUGAUUUUUCUGUGUGUCUUGAGAAAUGGUGUGGGCAGGUAGAAUGCUGUGUUCAACGACACCGUUUUGUCCUUCCACUUCAUCGCUUCCUAGAAAUCUUAGAAAUAAUACUAAAUGGCGAUCCAUGGCUUCUGAUGCUGAUGCUUCUUCUUCAUUCUCUACUUCUAUGGAUUCUGAUAAAAACGCCGCCGGGUUUUGUAUAAUAGAAGGGCCUGAGACAGUACAGGACUUUGCCAAAAUGGAGUUGCAAGAAAUUCGAGAUAAUAUUAGAAGUCGAAGAAACAAGAUAUUCUUGCAUAUGGAGGAGGUACGCCGGCUAAGAAUACAACAAAGGAUAAAGAGUGCUGAGCUUGGGAUACUAACUGAGGCACAAGAAAAUGAUCUUCCUAAUUUCCCAUCAUUUAUUCCCUUUUUGCCGCCUCUUACAUCAGCAAAUCUUAAGCAAUAUUAUGCUACUUGUUUCUCCCUCAUUGCUGGAGUUAUGCUUUUUGGUGGACUUCUAGCACCUAGUUUGGAGCUAAAACUGGGAUUAGGAGGCACAUCAUAUGCUGAUUUUAUCCGAAGCAUGCAUCUACCAAUGCAACUGAGUCAGGUCGAUCCAAUUGUGGCAUCAUUCUCUGGGGGUGCAGUUGGGGUGAUCUCUGCAUUGAUGGUUGUUGAAAUCAAUAAUGUGAAACAGCAGGAACAUAAGAAGUGCAAGUACUGUCUUGGAACAGGAUAUCUUGCUUGUGCUCGAUGUUCCAACACUGGAGCUCUUGUUCUUAUCGAACCUGUUUCCACGGUUAAAGGAGCGGACAACCCUCUGUCACCACCUAAUACAGAGAGGUGUCCCAAUUGUUCAGGUUCAGGAAAGGUCAUGUGCCCUACGUGUCUUUGUACUGGGAUGGCUAUGGCAAGUGAACACGAUCCACGAAUUGAUCCCUUCGAUUAAAUAGAAUAUAGAUUUCUUUACUGGGACUUUUAACAUUGAAUAUGUAAAGUUUAGAUGAAGCAUCACCGCUAAAUGAACUACACCUAUUUAAAAAGAGUCAGUUUAGACUAGUAUGAAAA